GUCCUGCCUUUGCAGAUCACAAACUCUAAAGCUCCCUACACAUGUACAGUCAGCUGACUGUACUUGCUAAACGGGUGUUGUCCUAUCCUAAUAGGAUAUUAUUUCCAGGUCCGUUCUGGGUGAAGGUAUCUAUAGUUCCGGCAUGGUGGCAUACAUGGAAUGAGGAUAGGCACAUUUGGUUACUCCAUUUACAAGAUAGAUAUGCAUAUGGACAUAUAUUCGGUCCCAAAGGCAACGUGAAGAAGGGCGAGUACUACCAGGUCUGGCCGCGGACCGUCGACUCUCUAAACACCUGGACUACGACAGAUAUCUCUGUUCAUGCACACAUGCGGAGAGUGCUCAACCAUGCUUUCUCCGAAAAUGCGCUACGGGGUGCCGAGGCGUUUAUCCAGACUAACAGUUACGAAGAUUGGAUUGGGCCUAUAAACAUGGCCGAUCAGGUGACCUAUCUGGUGUUCGACAUCCUCGGCGAUCUCUGCUUUGGUAGAUGCUUGGAUAUGAAGGAGACGAACAGAACUUUGAGGCACAAACCGGACAUGGUGAUUGGUUUUAUGGAACUGUUACAUCCGGUAUGUGCAGCGGAACUUGUCACAAGAGGUCUCGAUAGAUUGCUGGCCAUCGCGACGCUACCAGCCAUCGAAAACUGGGGAAACUUUGUCGAAAAUUGCCGUGAAAGCCGUAGCGAGAGACAGAACGAACUUGAUGAGUCGGGUACGGGGAGUGAGCUACUGGUCAUUGCGGGAAGUGAUACAUCGUCCACUGUCAUUGCGGCCACAUUCUUCUAUCUCCGUCGAACUCCGCACGUUCAGAAGCUUCAGUCAUGCAAGUACCUCACUGUCUUUAUACAGGAGGGCCUACGCAUGGCCCUGCCUGUCAGUGCCGAGCCAAGCCGAGAAGUCCUAAAAGGAGGAACAGUAGUAAGCUAUUCCCCAAAAGGUUCAAUGGUUAGUACCGCCUUUUGGGCGGUACAAUAUAACCAAGAUUACCAUCCAGAGCCACUGAAAUUCCGACCGGAGCGCUGGGUUACAGGCGCAGCCGGUUCUACAAAGGAGAGUGUUGCCUUGAGCGAGAGUGCAUUCUACGCCUUUUCAAUGGGUUCUCGUGGCUGCGUAGGCAAGAACAUGGCAUGGCUUGAGAUGCGGAUUAUCGGGGCCAAGGUGAUAUGGAAGUUUGAAUUCGAGCAGGACAUGUUCAACAAACUUGGCGGGGGGACUGUUCAUGGAAGGCAUGGUCGUCAUCAGGAGGGCCAGUACCAGACGUAUGAAAUAUCCGUGUCCAGCCGCAAGGGCCCAGUAUACCUGAACGAGCGAGCUUGA